GGUGGAGUUUGAUCGGUUUAUACAAAGAUUCGCGAAUACAAAGACCCAGAAAUCGUCGUUGUCACCAUGAAAGUUCUCCAAGCUUGUCAGCUUGCUAUUGUUCUUCCUCUCGGAGUCAUCGAGCCUUCGUCGGCCGCAUCCUCGACGUUCAGUGCCUUGAAGUCCAUCGAUUAUCGCUACUUUGUUGCCGGAGGAACUUGUGCCGCUAUUUCCCACGGAAUCACUACACCAAUUGAUGUCGUCAAAACGCGCAUCCAAUCCGAUCCAAAAAAAUACAAUCAAGGUCUCCGCAAAGCAGCUAUUAAUAUUGUCAAAGAAGAUGGUACCGGCGUUCUUCUAGGGGGACUCGGGCCUACUGUUGUUGGAUACGGCAUCGAAGGGGCCAUGAAAUUCGGCGUAUAUGAAUUGAUGAAGCCGGUAUUUGCUUUGCUACUAGGCUCGAGCGAGGGAGGGAAUACUGCUGUUGCAUUUCUAUCGGCGUCCGUAGUUGCCGGAGCUGUAGCAGCUCUCCUGCUCUGUCCCAUGGAAUCUACCCGAAUCCGUAUCGUGACUGACCCAGCUUAUGCAGGCAAGGGAUUGUUAACAGGACUUCCGAAACUGAUUUCGGAGGAAGGACUAUGGUCCACAUUUUCGGGUCUCUGGGCGAUGCUGGCAAAGCAAGUUCCGUACACUUUUGGCAAGCAAGUUUCGUUUGAUGUUUUUGCUGGGUUUCUGUACGUCUUUUUCAGCGCACUUCAAGAAAACGCAACAUGGUUGUCUGACAGCCAAACUAAGUGGGCCGUGUCCGUCAUUGCAGCAUUUAUGGCUUCAAUUAUCGCGUGCAUUUUCUCUCAACCAGGAGAUAUGAUCCUUACAGAGACCUACCGGCCCAAGGAUCCGAAAGCAAAGGUAGCGGUAGACGGCAAUUUUGCUGAUGUCAUCAACAGCAUCUACACCAAGGGUGGUGCUUCCGGAUUCUUUACGGGAACCGGUGCGCGUAUUGUUCACGUCGGUUUGAUUAUCACCAGUCAACUUGUUAUUUACGACAUUGUGAAGCAAAUGUUGGGACUCCCUGCAACUGGAUCGCAUUAA